UUAGAAAAGCUUUGGAAAUUGGUCUGACAGAACAAUCAUGAAUGGAUUAAGGAAUUCAACUGCCUUGCCUGGUGGUCUUCUCCUUUUAAUUGUUGCAUUUUUGCUAUGCCAUGUGGACAAAGUACAUACAGAACAUCAACCUGAAGAAACCAACAAUUCAGCAGAAUGUUCUGGUUCCUAUAUCUGUAAGAAAGGUGUAAUUUUGCCAAUUUGGGAACCUCAAGAUCCUUCAUUUGGUGAUAAAAUAGCAAGAGCUACUGUAUACUUUGUGGCCAUGGUCUACAUGUUUCUAGGAGUAUCUAUUAUAGCAGAUCGUUUCAUGUCAUCCAUAGAAGUUAUUACUUCCCAAGAGAGAGAGAUAACAAUCAAGAAACCCAAUGGUGAGACCAGCAAGACAACAGUAAGAAUUUGGAAUGAAACUGUAUCGAACUUAACAUUGAUGGCUUUGGGCUCUUCUGCACCUGAGAUUCUCCUAUCUGUCAUUGAAGUGUGUGGCCAUGGCUUCAAGGCAGGAGACCUUGGGCCAAGCACUAUUGUAGGAAGUGCUGCCUUUAAUAUGUUUGUCAUUAUAGCCAUUUGUGUUUAUGUUGUUCCUGAUGGAGAAAUCAGGAAGAUUAAGCAUCUUCGUGUGUUUUUUGUCACUGCAGCUUGGAGCAUUUUUGCCUAUACUUGGCUGUAUUUAAUUUUGUCAGUUAUAUCACCUGGGGAAGUAGAAGUUUGGGAAAGUUUACUCACUUUCUUCUUUUUUCCUAUCUGUGUCGUGUUUGCAUGGGUUGCUGAUCGAAGGCUUUUAUUCUACAAGUAUGUAUACAAGAAAUACAGAGCUGGAAAGCAGAGAGGCAUGAUAAUUGAACAUGAGGGUGAAGGGCCACAAUCUAAGGCUGAUAUUGAAAUGGAUGGAAAGAUAGUUAAUUCCCAUGUUGAAAGUUUCUUGGAUGGCACUCUGGUCCUAGAGGUGGAUGAGAAGGAUCAAGACGAUGAAGAAGCAAGGAGAGAAAUGGCUAGAAUCCUGAAAGAAUUGAAACAGAAGCAUCCAGACAAAGAGAUUGAACAGCUAAUAGAACUAGCUAAUUAUCAAGUUCUGAGUCAGCAACAAAAGAGUCGCGCCUUUUAUCGCAUUCAGGCUACUCGGUUAAUGACUGGAGCUGGUAACAUAUUGAAGCGACAUGCAGCUGACCAAGCACGAAAAGCAGUCAGCAUGCAUGAGGUCAACUGUGAAGUGGCAGACAAUGACCCUGUCAGUAAGGUCUAUUUUGAACAGAGCACCUACCAGUGCCUUGAGAACUGUGGCACAGUAGCUCUAACAAUUGCCCGUCGAGGUGGUGACUUGACCAAAACAGUCUUGGUUGAUUUCAGAACAGAAGAUGGUACAGCCAAUGCAGGGUCUGAUUACGAGUUUACAGAAGGAACAGUGGUAUUUAAGCCAGGUGAGACGCAAAAAGAAAUAAGAGUUGGUAUAAUUGAUGAUGACAUAUUUGAGGAAGAUGAGAAUUUCCUUGUUCACCUCAAUAAUGUGAAAGUGUCAGAACGAUCUGAGGAAGGUGUUCUAGACGGCAACCACGUUGCAACUGUGGCUUGUCUGGGGUCACCUGCUACAGCGACUGUUACAAUCUUUGAUGAUGAUCAUGCUGGCAUAUUUACUUUUGAGGAACCAGUCACUCAUGUAAGUGAGAGCGUGGGGACCAUGGAAGUGAAAGUGCUACGGACAUCUGGAGCUCGAGGAAAUGUUAUUGUGCCAUACAAAACAAUUGAAGGCACAGCCAAAGGAGGUGGAGAGGACUUCGAGGACACCUGUGGAGAGCUUGAAUUUCAGAAUGAUGAGAUUGUCAAAAUGAUAUCUAUCAAAGUAAUUGAUGAUGAGGAGUAUGAGAAAAACAAGACCUUCUACGUUGAAAUUUGGGAGCCCCGCCUGGUGGAGAUGAGUGAAAAGAAAGCCCUGUUGUUGAAUGAGCUUGGUGGCUUCACAAUUACAGAGAAAUAUUUGAAUGGCAAGCCUGUCUUCAGGAAAGUUCAUGCUAGAGACCAUCCCCUUCCUUCUACUGUAAUCAACAUUCAAGAAGAGAACGAAGAGAAGCAGCCUCUGACAGGCAAAGAGGAGGAAGAACGCCGCAUUGCUGAAAUGGGGCGCCCCAUCCUGGGGGAGCACACAAAGCUGGAAGUGAUUAUUGAAGAGUCCUACGAGUUCAAGAACACUGUGGACAAGCUUAUUAAGAAGACAAAUUUAGCUCUUGUGGUUGGAACAAACAGCUGGAGAGAGCAGUUCAUUGAGGCUAUCACUGUUAGUGCUGGAGAGGAUGAUGAUGAUGAUGAAUGUGGCGAAGAGAAGCUACCAUCCUGCUUUGAUUAUGUGAUGCACUUUCUGACCGUCUUCUGGAAAGUCCUUUUUGCCUUUGUGCCCCCGACAGACUACUGGAAUGGUUGGGCUUGUUUUGUAGUGUCCAUCCUCAUGAUUGGCCUUCUCACAGCUUUCAUUGGGGAUUUGGCAUCCCAUUUUGGCUGCACAAUUGGCCUGAAGGAUUCUGUAACUGCAGUCGUAUUUGUUGCACUGGGAACUUCAGUACCAGAUACAUUUGCCAGCAAAGUAGCAGCAACACAAGAUCAAUAUGCAGAUGCUUCUAUAGGUAAUGUCACUGGUAGCAACGCUGUGAAUGUUUUCCUGGGAAUCGGCGUAGCCUGGUCCAUUGCUGCAAUCUACCAUGCAGCCAAAGGGGAGACAUUUGCAGUCCAACCAGGCAACCUGGCUUUCUCUGUCACCCUCUUCACUAUAUUUGCUUUCAUCAGUGUUGGUGUGCUCCUCUACCGGCGAAGACCAGAGAUUGGAGGUGAGCUAGGCGGGCCACGGACUGCCAAGAUUUUGACCUCAAGCCUCUUUGUGCUGCUCUGGCUCUUGUACAUAUUUUUCUCAUCUAUGGAAGCCUACUGCCACAUAAAGGGCUUCUAAAGAAACAAUUGAAGAUAAUAUCUAUCUAUAUAUAUAUAUAUAUACAUAUAUAUAUAGAAAGAGAGAUAUAUAGAUAUAGAUCUAAUAUUAUUGAACAGAGAAGAAAAGACAUUUGCCAUGUUCACUUACCUAUUGAUGGAAUGUAGCUUUGUGGUAGGAGUUUGAAAUCUGCAGGAGUCUUCACCAGGAGGAGCAGCAUUGGAGACGUGGAUGCAGGGCCAUCUUUGCAACUCAGCCUACAAGGUCAUGAUGGAGUUAUUUUGUAUUUCCCUUUCCCCUCCCUCUCUAAGGAGCAGUUGGAUGUCAAAGGGGGUUGUUUGGAAAGACUAACAACCAACUUUAAGUUAUAUCAUAUUAGGCGAAGGACUUAAGUGGGAGUUCUUGACUUUCUGACCAAUAUCUUUGUUGCCUUCUUCAUUAACUCAAGAACAAGCUGAAUCACCACCCUCAAUGACACAUGUGAGUCUAGAGUGACCAACACAAUCCAAGGGGGUUCCAACCCUAUGCUGUUUAUGGGGAGGAUAAUUUUGCUUGAGGUUUUGUUUUGUUUGUUUUUAUUUUUGUUUUGAUCCCUCCUUAACUGCCUGGUUGUUCAGAUGUUAUUAAACCACAGAUAACCCUUUCCCAUUUUUUUUCAGAACUCUAUUUAUGACCAGCACUCUCUUAAAAGAAAAAUAGCCACCUAAACCAUAUUUAAUCAAUUCUCCGUUUGCUCCAGACUGUGGAUUAUAGACUCAUGCCCGAAGCCCUAGCAUUUUUUCCUGUAUUUCUGACAUAUUUUGUCAGAUAAAUUUCAGUUCCCUCCUAUGCCCUUUCCAUCUACCAAUAUUUGCUGCUAUGCUCCUUCUCAUACUCCAAAUUGGGAAUGCUUUCAUUGUACUUGUUGUAAUACUUUGCAUGAAUGAAGCAAACCAUAAUCUGUAAUAUAGCAUUGAAUAGUGAUAGUGAAGCUGACCGACCAUUGAAAAUGCAAGCGUGUUUCUUUCCAUAUCUUUUCUUUUCAAUGAACAGAGUGAGAGUCCAGAAAUGGCUGGUAUUCAUUCUGUUGUUCAGUAUAAGGUUCCUAAGAAGCAAUAACCAAGAGCUGGAGAAAGUCUUAGGUUUUAAAGGGAAGAAACUGUGCAAGUUUCAUCACAUAGAAAGGGAUCUGUUUACCAGUCAAGUACAAGACUCAGAAAGUUGUUUAUACUGAGUCAAGCCGGUGACCUAUCUAGCCCAGGACUCUCACUUAGAGUGAUUCUCUGAGAUCUCAGGGAGAAGCUUAUCCAGCCCUCUAACUAUUUUAACUGGUGAUUCCAUGAAUUGAAUUGUUGGAUAGUUGACAUGCUAGCAUGUGCUUUACCACUGAGUUGUGGAUGAAUUUAGCCUGUUUAUUACUAGACUGUUGGAAUUAAUUGGGACUUAAGUGUUCAUUUUAAGUAUGAACAGCUGUGUUUAACCCUAAAUCACCAGAACAUCCUUGAGCUUUUUUUCAGUCACCCAUUUUACACAGAGUAUUUAUGCUGCAUGUGCUCCAGAUGCCAAUUCUUUGGUCUCUUGCAUUGCUUAUUCUCUCUGAUCCUGCUCUUGCUCUAUGGAAAUCGCUGAACAUUUGUAAAGGGCAACCCACCCUCAGAAUACUGUAAUUCAAAUUAAUUUUUCCAUGCUGGAGUUAAAAAGUUCUACUACCCAUUGGCCUUCAGAACAACAAUGGGUCCUAGCAAGAAAUGUGGCACUAUCUGCAUUGUCUGGCAGUGAAUUGGCAUUUAGCUCCAUAAAUUAAAAAGUAUCAGUAUUGUUGUAGACAUUGAUGAGUACAUGUGAACAAUGUACGUAUCAAUGUUCAGAGUAGAUUAAUGUACCAAAAAGGAGCUUUACUUGGGAACUAUCAUUCAGGGGCAGUGCAACUGAACAGUCCAAUGAUAUUUAUUUCGUAGCUAGUUUGUCUAUUGAUUUCUCCAUACGCUGUCUUUCUAUUAUUAUUUUUUUUCAUUUUUCAGAAUUAUCUCACCACUACAUCUGAAAUAUCUAAAGCAAGCAAAUCUAAACGGGGAUUAGAGAGAAUGAAACUUAUUGAAACCAUUCAUUUGUCCUCGUUUCUGUUUCUUUCUUUCUGUUUUUUUUUUAUUCUCUUUAUGGGUGCCAGAGAAGUAAAAAUGUGCAUGGCUUUGCUGCUUCCCUAGUCACACGGAAGCAGUGUGGGUAGCCAUUAGCAGUACAGGGUUUAUACCUUAAAAAUCGUCAUAUAAACACUGUUAUUGCAGUUGUAACUGCACAAUAGCCUGUUUCUGAAAAAGGAAACUGACAAGUAAUUAGGGGAAAAACAAAGCCAUUGAUGUUUCCAUAUCAUAAAAAUAUAGUCAUGUUUACAAUGAUUAAGGAGCUGUUCUCUAAAUAUCAAUGGAGAAUCUAUGGCCCUUUGGAUAUUAUUGGACUCCAGUUCCCAGCAGUAUGGCCAGUAGUUCAGAAUCAUGGGAGUGAUAUUCAAUAAUAUUUGAAGAGUCUCAGGUUAAUCCAUCUCCAAUUGGAAAAUGAAAAGAUAUAUAUGUAAAAUAUAUUUCUCAUUGUCACUUUAGCAGUGCUGCUGGAUGUUGGUUGAAAAAAAGAUCUGUAGACAUAUUUCCAAGUAUUUCUCCCCAAUAUAGAAUGAUAUUCUUUUGGGAGUUUGUAAUUUCUCCUUUAU